AUGCUUGCUGAAGGACUGCCUACAGCAAGUUGGACCUGGUAUAAAUACUCAACAUGUUUUCAAAACAUACACUUUUACUUUAUAGUCAAGCUAAUGUUAAGCAGCAUAUUUUCUGCUUUAAUUGUUGUCACAAACAGCAUGUGUUUAUGCUUUAAUUAUAGAGAUCUGAGCACUGCCAGCCUCCGCUACCUCAGCAGCAGGCAAGCCUUGGCUGACAUCGUCAACUUCCGAACUGAAAUAGCAAGGAAACGGGAACUCACCAAAAAUAAAUGGGUUACAUUUGGCGGCUCUUAUGGUGGUUCCCUUGCAGUGUGGUCUAGAAUAAAACAUCCCAAUCUGUUUGCUGCAGCAGUGGGCAGCUGUGCACCAGUUCAAGCAAAACUUAAUUUUUAUGAGUACUAUGAAGUAGUUGGAAGGAUUCCAUCUGCUCAUAACAGCAAAUGUCCCAAAGCAGUCAAAGAAGCUUUUGAUAUUCUCGUGCAGAUGCUGAAACUUCCAGAAAACUGCAACAAGCAAUGGUUCUAUCAGUGUUGGACUGAAUUUGGCUUCUUUAAGACCACGGAGUUAAAGAAUCGGCCCUUCUCUGGAACACCUCUCAGGUAUUUUCUUCAGAAAUGUUCAGAUAUCUUUGUUCCUGAGUUCAAUAGUGAUUCAGUGGCUCAGGGUGUUAAAGCUACCAACAAGCACUAUGGUGACUUCAAUGUGAAUGGAAGCAAAAUCAUCUUUUCCAAUGGUUCCAUUGAUCCUUGGUACACUGUGAGAAUCACAAAGGAUAUAAGUGAAGAUUUACCUGCUGUCUUCAUUAAAGGUAACACAGAUAUGAAUACUCAAAGACCCACAAAUAGGAUGAAAUAUACCAGCAUGUAA